GUGUUAUCGAAAUCCUUGACAACGAUUUUGAAAAAUUAAGAAAUGACUCUAUUAAUAAAUGCAGGAAUACUCUUUUAUUAAUCCUAACCAGUUUUCUGAAUCGGAUCCAGUAUUACUGAGAUUUAAUGGAGUUGAACACAAAUAAAGCUGAAAAUGUUGAUAUAUGUACCAGGAUUUACUCUAAUUAACGAGCUGGGGAAAGAUAGCACGGAAACAAGCAACAGGAAUAAACGGGGCAUUAUAAUAUAUAAUACAUAUUAUAUAAAACAUAGUACGGCUAGCUCUAUAGAUUGAUUGAUUAGUCAGCACAGUAUCAAGUGCCAACAAUCACAUUGUACUCAUAUCACCACAUAGUGUUGGAAAGGAAGAACGCCACAUAAGCCACCAAUGAAAUUUGUGAAAUUUACGGAGACUGGAAGUUCUGGAUCAACGAAAAGUAGAUCAAAUAUGACAAUAAUGUGUAAGAAAGAUCAUGGUCCGAGCGUGGUGAAGCUCAACAAAUGGUCGCAAAGAAAGAAUUGACGGCACGAAAGGUUAUGCCGAAUGUUUGGUGAGAUUGGAGAGAUAUCAUCCACUAAGAGCUACUCCAGCCUCGUGGAAUGAUUGAUUCUACAUUUUACUGUCAACAACUGAUAAGAUUGAAGCAAGCAAUCGAAAAAAAACAGUCAAAACUACUCAACAGAAAGGGCUUCGUCUUCCAUCAGUACAACGCUAGAUCACAAACAUAUUUGAUGACUCGGCAAAAACUAGGAGAGCUUGGCUGGGAAGUUUUGAUGCAUCCACCAUAUAGUUCUAACAUUGCACCAUCAGACUAUUAUUUGUUUCGGUCAAUGCAGAACUCCCUUAGUGGAGUAAAGUUGGCUUCAACAGAAGGCUAUGAAAAUUACUUGUCGCAGUUUCUCGCCGAGAAACCAGAAAAGUUUUGCUCUCAUGAAGUAAUGUCUCUAGUGAAAAAAUGGCAAAGAGUGGUCGAUCAAAAAGCAUCGCUGACAGAUCUUUACCCUGAGACUACAAAAGCCCGGAAAAGUUCAAUCGCCUACCGCAAAAUAUUCGAACAUUUUAUAGAAACGUCCGUCGAACCAAUUUUCGACGAUACUUUACUGUAUGAUGAUAUAUUUCGAAUGUUUUCACGAAAUUUUAGUGCCUUUUAUGGUGUAAGUACUUAUGGAGCCAAGUAUAUUCAAAAUAAUAAUGCUAAUCAUUACAAAAAUGCAAUAUUCUCAUUAGACGACUGGGAAGGACUAUAUAAUUCAGCAAUCGCAAUCAAGGAAUUGAUGAAUUUUUACACAGAUUCCGCGUAUUCAGAAUUACGAAGGUCACGAGUCUGCUAUCAAGUUAGUAAAUACUUUAAUAAGUUAGCUUCUUAUGCUAAAGUGCAAAAGGUUUAUCUUGGAGAAAAGCUGAAGUCACAUUCGCUAAGUAAGGAUCUACACAUCGCUCCCCCAUAUAAAUUUGCUCACAUCGUGUGCGUUAUGGCUAUUGUGGUACUUGUGCUGUUUUUCUUACUUGUAAUGUGCUCUUUGUGUAUGAAAGGAAAUGUUAUGAUUAAAGCUCUAUUAUUUAUUAAUAUAAUCCUCACACUGCUUUUAAUACUGAUGGCGUUUGUUACAUUUUACCACUUCUUCUACGGAGUUAUUGAAUAUAAUGGAUUUUGUCAUAGAACGGAAGAAUCAGCUGAGAAAACAACUUUCAAUCACGUAAUGUUAACGGAUUGCACCAACGAUCAGAAUUUAUACACAUUAUUGUUGGAAAAUAAUUUGAUUCGCCCAUUUUCGAAAUGGGCACCUUUAAAUGAAACGAUAAUGCAGGAUGUCUGCGAACGCAACUGUCGACCCUUGAACAUAUCGAUCCUACAGAAGUUACAAAAAGAAGUUGAGAAGUUUCCGAAGAAAAAUUACUUUUGUAAAUUUAAGUCAGUCACGUCAUCGUGGCUAACACCUAUACGUUUAACCCAUGUCAUAUAUAAUGCGAGACUCCCAGGAUUGAUAUGGAUGACUAAUGAAUUUCAUGAAACUUAUUUCCACGAACGUGUUAAAUUUUCGUAUUGCAAUCUGAAUCUGGCAAACAAGGCAAAAAGAUUUAACCCAACAGUCAGUAAAAUUAAAUUUUGGAAAUGCCGAGCUGCUUAUAUAAUUGGUAGAGAUUUUGCAGCAUCCAUACCGUCCGUCUAUGCCGAAGUUAAAGAUAUGUGUAGAACUACUAAAGAUAAAUGUAAAUACUACAUCGAUCACGACAUAUCAAUACUCAGGGAUAACGUAGAUAAUUAUAUAACAAAUGCUGAACGCGGUCUUAAAAAUGCGCUAGGAUCGUGUGCAACAAUAUUCCACAUGAUUAAAGCAAAACAAAGCAAAUCCUGUAAUUGCGAUACGUUUAUAUUGAAUGGUGUCUGGAUUGGUGGUCUGCUGUUCGUAAUAACUCUGUUUUUAGCCUUAUUUUUGCUGGCCGGCUUAAUAUAUAAACUUGUAAAAUGCAGAGAUCAUUAUCGGAACGAAAGACACGGUCGAAGGGAUGAUGAAUCUGCAGAAUCAAUACUACUGCCGCCGAUAACAUUACCAAGGCAUGUAAUCGAUACACUUGAGAAUGAUGAAAAUCCUCGCGUUACCUACCACAUAAAGAAACUUAAUUAAAUGGAGGGCCUCGACUUUACUGGAUUUAUCUUAUAUGUCAAAAAAUUCAAUGAACCUGAUUAUAAUGGAAAACAGUGAAAUUGAAAAAAAUUUAAAUUAUUUGUUACGAACGCUUAUAUUUUAUAAUAUUUAAAAGAAUCAAUAUACCAUUAUGAUAUGCUUGCGAAUAUUACUCACCAUAUUUUAACGGUAGAUAGUAGGAACUUCUCCAAUAAGUAUAUGUACUUAUAUUGGCUAGUCGAAGAAGUCUUUUCGUAUUUUGUCAAUAGAUGUCGUUGCAGUCUUAUAUCUCCAGCACUACCAAUCAUAUUGUGUCACACCAUAUAGUGUUGAAUGAAAUUUACGGAGACGAUGCUGUAUCAGUUCGUUUAACACAACAAUGGUUAG